AUGUCCUCGUGCUCUCUGGCUAAGCGUGUUGGCUGUCCUUCCAGCAUCGCGGUGACGCAGUUGUUGCGUUUCUCACCUCGUGAUCUCACCUGGUACUACGAGAGCAGUCAGCCAGUCACUGAACGGAGCACGUGCAGUUACGAGUCCAGUAGCAUAGCCGUGAUCCUGCGCAACCCCCCGAACCAUCCCCCCUUGCUCUUCCCCUCCCCGCACUCUCCCCCCUUGCCGGGCGACACGCCUUCCAUGGGGACUCCCGCCCGCGUUUUCACCCCCACGCUGCUGCAGUCCUCGCAGCAGCCCUCCAUGGGGACUCGCGCCCGCUCUAUUCCUGUCAUCACGCGAACACUCACUGCUCCACUCCCUUUCCCGCUUUGCCACUCUCUUUUUUAUUCUCUCUUUCCAUUCUCCCUUUCCCCCCUACAGGUGCCGGGUGAAGCACCUUCCAUGGUAACAUCCGUGCUCGAGUCAACCGCCUCGCUGCUGCAGUUCUUCCAGCCUCUCAAGUCCCUGUGCCACCUCGUGCCAGGCGAAGCCCCUUCCAUGGCAACGUCUGCGCUCGAGACAACCACCUCUCUCCUGCAAUCUUUCCGCCCACUAAAGUCCUUCUGCCAGCACGUGAGCACGUGGGCGCACUACGCGCAGAGCCCUGGGCGCAUGAUCGAGACGCACCACCUCGUGGCGCGGCUCACAGAAGACGUUCUUCAGUGUAUCGUGUUUGACUCUGACCAGCCCAACGCUCGCAUUGUUGGUGUGGAGUACAUCGUAUCGGAGGCGGUGUUCAAGAAGCUUCCAGAGGAGGAGAAGUGCCUGUGGCACUCGCACUACUAUGAGAUAUGUGAGGGCCUGUGGGUCAACCCGGGGGUGCCAGAGACCAUGCAGCAGCAGGAGCUGAAGAAACUCGUGAAGACGUACGGAAAAUUCUGGAAUACCUGGCAGUUCGACAGGGGAGACCCCCUCCCCCUCGGCCCCCCUGCCCUCAUGGUCUCCCCCCAAGACCACCCCUUGGGGCGCGUUCCUCGUGCUCUGGUGGAGGAAAGGGAUGCGUCUUUGGGGAUAGAGAUGGGGGAGAAGCGGGAGCAGCGGGCGGCGCUAGUGGACAAGGAGUGGGCAGCGACGGGGAAGGACCGGGCGGCGGACUGGUGGAUGGAGAGUGGCAAGGGGUGGGUGACUGAGAUGAGGGCUGUUGAGCUGGAGAGCAUGGGGAUGGGGAAGGGGGCGGAGGAGAAAGGAGGGGUGCCGUCUGUGGCUAUCGGGGGAGGGGAGGGGUUGGAGGGUAAGAGGGAGGAAGGGAAGGGUACAGCGAUGGGUAUGAUGGGGAAGGGGGCAACCGAGGGAAGGGAGGGAACCAAAGAGGGUAAGAUGCGGGGAAUGGAGAAGGAGGGGAUGGUGAAGAUGGGAAAGGAGCGUGGGGUGGGGGAGGAGGAGUUUGUUUUAGCUGGCCGUCCGGCCCAGUCUUCCAAGAUGGAGUGA